GCUAUGAAGCUCAGACCAGAUGACCGGGAGAGUCACUGACAGCCAGCAGCACUGAGAAACACGGGCAGGUCAAAGCUGCACUUUAUUUAUCUGAAGCUCUUUCGUCCCGGGAUAGAGUACCCUACAAUAAAAACACGUGAGGAGGGGAGAGAGAGAGAGAGAGAGGAGGAGGAGGAGGAAGCGUUGGACAGGCGCGCUUGUGAUCACCACCUCUGUCAAAAAUAGACCGGCGGACUGAGAGGGGUUGCGAGAGAAACGGACCCAGCCAUGGAUAAGAAGGACGACGCGGAAAUGAUGGACGCACCCAAACACCAACAAAAUGGGGAUUUAAGUAAAAGCAAGAAGAAAGGAAAGAAGAAAGAGAAAGAACCAAAAUUGCCCAUGGUUGGCGCCAUUGGUGUGUUUAGGUUUGCAAGCGGCGUGGACAUUCUGUUGAUCCUGACUGGGACGCUCUGUGCUAUGGUUCACGGUGUCAUUCUUCCUCUCAUGUGUAUUGUGUUCGGGGACAUGACAGACAGCUUUAUAAAUGACUCUGCGAUGAGCCAAUACAACAGCAGCAUCCCCAAUGCCACAGCACCAAGAAACAGCACCUUACAAGCAGAAAUGAAGAGCUUUGCCAUCAGCUACUCCAUCCUGGGAUUCGUCGUGCUGCUGGUUGCCUACGGGCAGGUGGCCUUCUGGACGCUGGCCGCUGGACGGCAGGCCACACGCAUCCGCAAGCUGUUUUUCCACCACAUCAUGCAGCAGGACAUCGGCUGGUACGAUGUCACUGAAACAGGAGAGCUCAACACGCGUCUCACAGAUGAUGUCUAUAAGAUCCAAGAAGGAAUUGGCGACAAAGCUGGGAGGCUUCUCCAGGCCUUUACCACCUUCGUCACAGCGUUUGUCAUCGGCUUCAUCAAAGGCUGGAAGCUCACCCUCGUCAUCCUGGCUGUUAGCCCUGCGCUGGCCAUUGCAGCUGGAAUCUUCUCCAAGGUGCUGGCGACUUUCACUACUAAAGAGCAGACUGCAUAUGCCAAAGCUGGAGCUGUGGCAGAAGAGGUGCUCUCUGCUAUCAGGACAGUGUUUGCCUUCAAUGGUCAGGACAGAGAAAUCAAGAGAUACAAUAAGAACUUGGAGGAUGCAAAGAAUAUGGGAAUAAAGAAGGCGACAUCUGCUAACUUUUCCAUGGGCCUCACCUUCCUGUUGAUCUACCUGUCCUACGCUCUGGCCUUCUGGUACGGAAGUACGCUCGUCCUGAGUAAAGAGUACACCAUUGGAUCCGUACUCACCGUGUUCUUCACCGUGCUGAUUGGAGCGUUCGCUGUGGGACAGACCUCUCCCAACAUCCAGACUUUCGCCAGCGCCCGGGGAGCUGCAUAUAAAGUGUACAGCAUUAUUGAUCAUAAACCGGCCAUCGACAGUUAUUCAGAGGCCGGCUUCAAGCCUGACUCCAUCAAAGGAAACAUUGAGUUCAAGAACAUCCGCUUCAGCUACCCCUCAAGACCAGACAUCCAAGUUUUAAACGACUUGUCUCUGAGUGUGAAGAGUGGACAGACCAUUGCCUUGGUAGGGAGCAGCGGCUGUGGGAAGAGCACAAUGAUCCAGCUGCUGCAGAGGUUCUACGAUCCUCAGGAAGGAUCUGUGACUAUUGACGGGCACGACAUCCGUUCUCUUAACAUCCGCUACUUGAGAGAGAUGAUCGGCGUGGUGAGUCAGGAGCCUGUUCUCUUCGCCACCACCAUCGUGGAGAACAUCAGAUACGGCCGACUUGACGUGACCAAACAGGAGAUCGAACAAGCUGCCAAGGAGGCCAAUGCAUACGACUUCAUUAUGAGCCUUCCUGACACGUUUGAGACGAUGGUCGGAGACCGAGGAACUCAAAUGAGUGGCGGACAGAAGCAGAGGAUCGCAAUUGCUCGAGCUCUAGUCCGCAACCCCAAAAUCCUUCUGUUGGACGAAGCCACAUCUGCGCUUGAUGCUGAGAGUGAGACCAUUGUGCAAUCUGCACUCGACAAGGUCCGACUCGGUCGUACCACCAUCGUUGUUGCCCACCGCCUGUCAACCAUCAGAAACGCUGACGUCAUCGCUGGCUUCCAGAAAGGUGAAGUUGUAGAGUUGGGGAGUCACAGCAAACUGAUGGAAGAAAAGGGAGUCUACCACAAACUGGUCACCAUGCAGACUUUCCAGAAAGAGGAGGAGAUGGAUGAGGCAGAGUGUGAGCCGUCUGCUGAGGAGAAGAGCCCGUUAGUCCAUACCAACUCUCGCUCCUCUCUGAAAAAUAGGAAGACCACAAGAGGCUCCUCCUUCGCUGUCUCAGAGGCAGACAAAGAGGAGAAAGAAAAGUUAGAUGAGGAGAAAUUGGAGGAGGAUGAAAAUAUUCCCCCUGUGUCGUUCUUCAAAAUAAUGCGUCUCAACAUUCCUGAGUGGCCUUACAUUUUGGUGGGGACGAUCUGUGCCAUCAUCAACGGCGUCAUGCAGCCACUGUUCGCCAUCAUCUUCUCCAACAUCAUCACUGUGUUUGCACAUCCAGAUCCAGCCGUCAUCAGGACAAGAGCUUCGUACUUUUCUCUGAUGUUUGUUCUUAUUGGAGCGGUGUCCUUUGUCGCCAUGUUUUUCCAGGGCUUCUGUUUUGGGAAAUCUGGAGAGAUCCUGACUCUUAAACUGAGACUCGGGGCCUUCAAAGCCAUGAUGAGACAGGACCUUGGCUGGUUUGACAACCCCAAAAACAGUGUUGGAGCGCUCACUACGAGACUGGCCACAGACGCAGCCCAAGUGCAAGGGGCUACAGGAGUGCGUAUGGCCACGCUGGCCCAGAAUCUCGCCAACAUGGGCACCAGCAUUAUCAUCUCCUUCGUGUACGGCUGGGAGCUGACGCUGCUCGUCCUGUCGGUGGUGCCCUUCAUGGCAGUGGCCGGCGCUGUGGAGAUGAAGGCGCUCACUGGACACGCUACUGAAGACAAGAAGGAGCUGGAGAAGUCUGGAAAGAUUGCUACAGAGGCCAUUGACAAUAUCCGUACUGUUGUCUCCCUUAACAGAGAACCAAAGUUUGAGUCUUUGUAUCAGGAAAACUUAGAAAUACCAUUCAGGAACUCCCAGAGAAAUGCCCACGUGCACGGUCUCACCUUCUCCUUCAGCCAGGCCAUGAUCUACUUUGCCUACGCGGGCUGUUUCCGCUUUGGAGCUUGGCUUGUUGAGGAGAACAGAAUGGAUAUUCAGGGAGUAUUCCUUGUGGUUUCUGCUAUUCUGUACGGAGCCAUGGCUCUCGGAGAGGCCAACUCCUUCGCUCCAAACUACGCUAAGGCCAAAAUCUCAGCUGCCCACCUCAUGGCACUGAUGGGCAGAGAGCCCGCCAUUGAUAAUCUAUCCCAGGCGGGAGAGUCACCGGACACAUUUGAUGGUAAUGUGCAAUUUGACAGUGUUAUGUUUAACUACCCGUCACGCCCUGAUGUGCAAAUCCUGCAAGGGCUGAAUCUGAAGGUGAGGAAGGGAGAGACUCUGGCCUUGGUGGGGAGCAGUGGCUGUGGAAAGAGCACCACCAUCCAGCUGCUGGAGAGGUUCUACGACCCCAGAGAGGGGAGAGUGCUUCUGGACAAUAAAAAUGCACAAGAGCUGAACAUCCAUUGGUUGAGAUCUCAGAUAGGCAUCGUGUCCCAGGAGCCCGUGCUGUUUGACUGCACGAUAGCCGAAAACAUCGCCUAUGGAGACAACAGCCGCAUUGCAUCGCAGGCGGAGAUAGAGGAAGCUGCCAAAGCGGCCAACAUCCACAGCUUCAUCGAUAGCCUGCCACAGAAGUACAACACUCAGGCCGGUGAUAAGGGAACGCAGCUGUCAGGUGGUCAGAAGCAGCGUGUAGCCAUAGCCCGAGCUAUCCUCCGCAACCCCAAAGUGCUGCUUCUGGACGAGGCCACCUCCGCACUCGACACUGAGAGUGAGAAGGUGGUGCAGGAGGCGUUAGACGAGGCCAGUAAGGGCAGGACGUGCAUCAUUGUGGCCCACCGUCUGUCCACCAUCCAAAACGCAGACCGCAUCGCUGUCUUCAAGGGAGGAGUGGUGGUGGAAGAGGGGACACAUCAACAGCUGCUGGCCAAAAAGGGAUUCUACUUCAUGCUGGUCACCACACAGAUGGGACACGGGAGGAAAUAAGAGGACAUAAGAGAGCAAUACAACACUGAUGUGUCCGGAAAUAUUCAUGUUUCCCUGUCCUGCUUUAGUAGAGCAAUGAAUGUGAUCAUCAGACAAGUCAAAAAGCCAAGUCAAACUCCUGUAUGUGUAUGUAUGUGUUCAUUAGCUGUCACUUCUAAGGGCCUUUUUCACAGGAGAUAUCAUUUGAUAUGUGACAGUAGGAGAUGUGCAGAUGUUAAUAAGAUCACAGAUACUUGUAUUGUGCAUGCUGGCUUACUGAAUAUUUUUAGUAACACCUGCUCUUCUACUAUCACAAGUCAAAAUGUCUGCUGUUUUUUCCCCCCAAGUUUGUGCCUUGAACACAUGGACUCCUGUUUUCCUUUCUUUAUAAAAGGUGGACCUACUUGUUGCCAAUACGCCUUAGCUGUUGAUUUCUGGUGCCAUCUUCUGUUAAGCGUUAAAUACUACUGAUGUAGAGAGAUUAAAGAUAGCGAUACACUGGAUUUAUUAUGCAUGAUAGGGCAUUAAGUAUACAUCUGACACAGGGAUCAUCUUUACAAAUGUUCUACAGGAUAUGUAUUUGAGCGAUUUUUUUUAUAAUUACUAUGUUGAUUGUCAUGAUGGAGAGUAUCUUUUGUGUUAAUAGUUGAAUAUAAGUGCCUAAAAAAAGAAAAAUAUUGUACACACAGGGCUGUUCAGAGUUUAAUUUUUUUAUUGUCACACUUUGGUUGCAACCACAAGGAAUCCUAUUGUUUCUACAAAUGCAAGGAAGGACUAACCUUCUUGUAAAACUUGCCUUUAUGUAACUAUUAAAGUUUUUUCAUUCAGUAA